UAUAAAAGGGAGACCGUCAUAACAGUCAGUUCACAUUGUUCUCAGGUCGCUGUGGAGACAAGAUGAAGCUCAUUGCUGUCCUCGCACUUUUGGUGACCCUGUUCCACCAGGGAUACAGCAACUCCCUGGACUCAUGUGUGGGUCGCUGUGGUUAUGGAACAGACAGCGCCUUCUCCUGUCAGUGUAACCCGUCCUGUGAGCGUUACAACGACUGCUGCUCGGACUACAUUGACACAUGUAAAGAGGGAGCCAGAUCCUGCAAAGGCAGAUGUGGUGAGAAGUACAACAGUCAAAAUGAGUGCCACUGCAACUCCAAGUGCCCCCAGUACAACAACUGCUGCAGCGACUACGCAGACCUCUGUGACAGCACCGGAGGAGAUGGCGGUACUGUGAUCACUGAUUCUGAGAUCAAGGCUAUCUCUGAGACGCUCUUUGCUCUGGACUCAAACAAGGCUUCAGCCUCAGAGUUGGUCAUCGACCCUCAGGCUCUGGUGCACGACUCUCAGACCAGCUCCCAGACAGAUCUCUCCCCUGGACGCUUGUUCCGAUACCUGGAUGAGCAGGCUCUGUUCUCCAGGCCCACCUUCGCUGCUCUCCUGGCUGUGCUGGACAACUACAACAGGAUGACCGGGCAGACUGAGGGCUUCACUGCUCAGCAGCUGGCGGAGCAGGAAACCUUUGUCAGGGAGACCAUGGCCAACACUGAGCUGGGCAGAGAGCUGUUUGCUUUCCUCUACACCAAGGGGGUAUACGCAUCCGAGGCUGAGUUCCUCCGGGACCUGAAGAUGAUGUGGUUCGGUCUGUACUCCCGCAGCAGCGGCAAGAUGGACUCCAGUGGCUUUGAACACAUCUUUGCAGGAGAGGUGAAGGGGGGAAAGGUGUCUGGCUUCCACAACUGGGUCCAGUUUUAUCUUCUGGAGAAAAGUGGAAAGUUGAACUACUACAGCCACAGCUUCAACGGGCCUUGGACUUCCUACCCUGACGUCAUGGGGAUGCAGUUCAUGUGGGCCGGAUAUUUCAAGCAGGUCGGCUCUGCUAUCAUUGGCUGCAGCCCUGAGUUUGACUUUGCCAUGUACAGCCUCUGCUACAUCACUCGCCCUGGAAAACAGUGUCGUCUGAGCCUGGGAGGGAAGGAGCUCAUUAUCCAAACCUACACCUGGGAUAAUUCUUCCUAUGGUAAUGGGAAGAAGUUCAUCGGCUCCGCCUUCCCUGCAACCCCCAGGAACUGAAACUGCCAUCUGCAAUCAAAAAGCAACUCACAGAGGAGCCGCAUGAACACUGUAAAGAAUAAUGUUCAUCAUUCAGAUCAAAAGUGAAAAGAUAUGAGGUGAUGUAAAUGUCACUGUCAUUCCCGAAAUGUAUCAAUAAAAACUGAAUAUAUCUUCUAAUACUGACA